GCGCUUCGUGUCCCGGCUUUGCCCAGGCGGCGGCGGGACAGCAUGGCAGGCGCCGGCCCGAAGCGGCGCGGGGCCCCAGCGGCGGCCAAGGAGGAGGAGGAGCAGGCACGGGAGCGGAUGCUGGCGGCGGGGGGCGAGGGCGUGACCCUGCAGCGGAGCAUCACCCUGGUCAACGGCGUGGCGAUAAUAGUAGGGACGAUUAUCGGUUCGGGCAUUUUCGUGACCCCCACGGGCGUGCUCAAGGAGGCGGGCUCGCCGGGACUGGCGCUAGUCGUGUGGACCGUGUGCGGCAUCUUCUCCAUCGUGGGGGCCCUCUGCUACGCAGAACUUGGCACCACCAUUUCCAAGUCGGGGGGCGACUACGCAUACAUGCUCGAGGUCUACGGCUCGCUGCCCGCCUUCCUUAAGCUAUGGAUUGAGCUUCUUAUCAUCCGACCCUCCUCUCAGUACAUAGUAGCAUUCGUCUUCGCCACCUACCUGCUCAAGCCGCUCUUCCCCACCUGCCCGGUGCCGGAAGAAGCUGCCAAGCUCGUGGCCUGCCUCUGCGUGCUGCUGCUCACGGCCGUGAACUGCUACAGUGUGAAGGCUGCCACCCGGGUGCAGGACGCCUUCGCUGCCGCCAAGCUUCUGGCACUGGCCCUCGUCAUUCUCCUUGGCUUCAUCCAGAUCGGGAAAGGUGAUGUGUCCCAUCUGGACCCCAGGUUCUCCUUUGAAGGCACCAACCUGGACGUGGGGAAUAUCGUGUUGGCGCUGUACAGCGGCCUCUUCGCCUAUGGGGGAUGGAAUUACUUGAAUUUUGUCACGGAGGAGAUGAUCAACCCCUACAGAAACCUGCCCCUGGCCAUCAUCAUCUCCCUCCCCAUCGUCACCCUGGUGUAUGUGCUGACAAACCUGGCCUACUUCACCACGCUGUCCACUGAACAGAUGCUGACGUCGGAGGCCGUGGCCGUGGACUUCGGGAACUAUCAUCUGGGUGUCAUGUCCUGGAUCAUCCCCGUCUUUGUGGGCCUGUCCUGCUUCGGCUCCGUCAACGGGUCCCUCUUCACAUCCUCCAGGCUGUUCUUCGUGGGGUCCAGGGAGGGCCACCUGCCCUCCGUCCUCUCCAUGAUCCACCCGCGGCUCCUGACGCCCCUGCCCUCCCUCCUGUUCACGUGUGUCAUGACCCUGCUCUACGCCUUCUCUAGAGACCUCUUCUCCGUCAUCAACUUCUUCAGCUUCUUCAACUGGCUCUGUGUGGCCCUGGCCAUCACUGGGAUGCUGUGGCUCCGCUACAAGAAGCCCGACCUGGAGCGGCCCAUCAAGGUGAACCUGGUCCUCCCGGUGUUCUUCAUCUUGGCCUGCCUGUUCCUGAUCGCUGUCUCCUUCUGGAAGACCCCUGUGGAGUGUGGCAUUGGCUUCACCAUAAUCCUCAGCGGCCUGCCUAUCUACUUCUUUGGGGUCUGGUGGAAAAACAAGCCCAAGUGGCUUCUCCAGGGCAUCUUUUCCACGACAGUCCUCUGCCAGAAGCUCUUGUACGUGGUCCCCCAGGAGACAUAGCCAGGAGAGCCGAGACGCUGCCAGAAAGAAAUGCACCAAGAUCGUUUUAAAACAACUCACCCACUUGAAAAGCGACCCCGGUCCCAUCAUCCAGGCAGCUCAGCUGAGCGCCCCGCUCCGUCCUUCCACCAGGUCGGGCGGCGGGGGCCACUGUGAACACUGGUACGAGUGUAGUCCCAGAAGACGGAUGCCCAUCGAUACCUCCGCAAGUGUGCGAGGCGUGAGUGUGCCAGGUGUGACUGCUACACAAGAAGCAACACGGCUUCAAUCGACCACGGACUUUUUGCCAGUUGGGCCCUCUCCCUUCCCACCUUCAUAUAUUUGUAUUAUUUUUUUUAACUUAAGUUUUGGGUCAAGUCGACGCCACAAGAUGAUUAUUUUUUAAAGAAAUGGUGCAGGGAAACAGGAGGAGAGUCUUUUUUCGCCUGACACCCCCACAGCCCCAUGUGCCUCAGAGGGACCAGGUCCUGUCACUGGCAUGACUCCUGGGGCCAGAUUCCUGCAUCAUGACCCGGGAGGAGAGGGAUUCUGAGAGCAAAUGCGCCAGCCCCCAGCAGAGCUACUGAGACUGGGCCUCGCAGUGUGGACUUUGGACUCGCCCUGACCACGGAUAGUGGCCCACCACGUGCACUGGGCGCCCUCGUAUUUUGUUGUUGUAGAUGUAGUGACUUUAGUGAAAACCAGCCCCGGGGCUUGUGUCUUUCUGCCUUAAAGACCCGAGGUAGACCUCUCCCCCGGCCCCAGAGGAGAGAAGGAAAAUCUCAAGGAAAUGGCCAUCUUCGAACAAAGGACUGGGGCUGAUGCUGAUGCUGGGCCGGCUUUGCAGAGAGCCAGUUCCUAUGCCUAGUGUCUGCUGCUGCUCUUGUGGGGGGCGGGGGGGCGGGUAGGAUCCUAGCAGAGGUCAGAGUCUGAGCAGAGGUCACGCACUGGCAGCUGGGCGAUCCCAGAGCUCUGGCCAGCACUGCUGCCCGGGAUGUGCAGAGCAGAGUGGGCUUCUGGGCUAGACCUCGGUCGCUCAGGACGCCGUUGGGCUCUGACUUUGUACAUCCCACCCUGGACGUCAGCCUGUGCAAAGGCACAAAGGCAGGAGGAUGGGGCACCUCCUACAGGCGGGCAGGUGGGCAGCAUGCCAGGCCUGGCCCAUCUGCGUCAAGUUUGGGAGCCGAGUUCUAGUUUUUUCAAAGUCCUCUACUUGAAAUCUUCUAGAAACAAACACUACAAGAAAGGCAGACGCCUCGGCCCCUAAUGGGCUUCUCAUCUAGGGCCUGCAGGCAGCCCUCUCCCAGGGUCUGAAGAAUUGGCCUUGCUGGCUGGACGGCAGCCCCGGCAGACUGCCUGGGGCAGGCUCCUGGCUUCUGGCCGAGGCACCACCACCUCCUCCUCUGCCACCUCCUCGGCCUGUCCCAGGCUCGAUUCCAGCUGUCAGGAAGCUGGAGCCUUCUUCACUGCCUGACUCCGCACCUGCUCCGGAGGCCACCCUGACUCUCCUGGGGUCUGACUCCCGGUGAGAGAGCUGCCCAGUGCAGCACGCCCACCCCCCUCCCUAGAGAGACUAUGCUAGCAGGCUUUUGUUUCUGCGGUUCCCAUGGCACUCUCCCCGGGGGAGGCAGCUGAAGCCUGGCCAGCGUGUCCGGCCACCCGCUGGCUUUCCUGAGCAGUCACUACAUCCCAGGAGCCAGCUUGAGGAGCAAUGUCAUCUAAGGUCAGAUCAUCUCCCUCCAAGCCCCAGUGUUAGGGACUGGUGGCUCUCCCGUGGCCGCUGACUGCUGACCUUACCACCAACGGGGCAGUUCAGCUGAGCCCUCGGGCCUCAGGCCUCACAGCUCAGCUCUGGCCGGAGGAUCUGCUGCAAUCUGCAGGGUGCUGCCUGAGCUCCGAAUGGCCAGACCAGCCUGCCGCCGCCCACCUGGGUUCCGGGACCCCCACGUGGUCCGAGGGGCCCAGAGAAACCUGACAAGCAGCUUCGGGGCCUGGGCUGGGCAUUGAGGCCGAAAAGGAGUGGCCCAGCUGUCCAUCCUUCCCACUUUGUGCUGGAGGAGGAGGCGGGCUGGUCAGGAAACCUGUGCCACCCUAUGGCUCCUGAUGUGCGAGGACCGACUAGUACGAAAGUCUCCUCAUGUCACCUAAAUCCUCCCGGGGCCAUAUUCCACUCAUCUAGGGGUGCGGCCCAAUAUCUGAGAGAAGACCUGAUUUCAAACUCUGUGCUGGGCAGAACCCCUGCCCUGGACCCCCGUUUUCUCAUCUGCAGUGGGGGCAGGAGCCAGUGGUCUUCUGCCGGUGGGCCUGUGCACAUCCAGGAGACUGAACCUGGUAUGACCACAGCUGUACCUGCAGCCCCGGUGUCGUGCACUGCCCACCUGCGUGUCCACAGGGUGUGGCUGCAUCUCAGCAGAAUGUCGGCCUUUUCCCUCCUGGGCCUGGGGAGGAUACUUGGGAAGCCAUCGUGAUUCAAACGGCUGGCUCUGGGAGGGUGGACACUGCCUUGCAGGAUGCACGGAGCCUGGUGGCCCUGUGCAGACUGCAGUGGCCCACUUCAGCAGCCUGUAGAUGGGCGUGGGGACCCACAGUGUGCAUCAUGGGGGACUAGGGCGGUGUCACCCCUGCAGGGUGGAUUGGGGUCCUGGGGUUCCCUUUUCAAACUGAGGCUGGGGGCUGGAGGGGGCGCUGAGAGGUCAAAGGCAGCUCUGAAGUGGCUCUCCACUUCUCCCAGAUGCUGGGACUUCUGCUGUAAAGGGGGGGUCCGGGGGCCGGGUCUGUGAUUCUGGGGGCUGUGACUCCCACCUAGCCCAGGGACGCCUCAGAAGGAAAGGGCCACCUGGGGCUGCGUCUGCGGUGCUGAGUCAGGCAGCUUGCCCACGUGUGCCCUGCGGCCCUGCUGUGUCGGCGUUCUGGGGAGGCAGAGACUUGCUUUUUCUGACCACUCUACUGACGUGUCCUGAGCGUUCACUUUGUGGGGUUUAGAUUUUUUGUUAAACCAAACCCUGCAGGGCACAACAAGCUAGCGUUUGUUCAGUUGUUCUGGUGUUUUGUUUUGUCCUAACAUCUCACUAAUUUAAAGGAUGCUGUCGGCACCAUGGUUAUUUAUUUGCGGGGUCUGUGUCCAGCCCUGCGCUUCCCGGGGUGUUCGUGCCACAUCAGUGCUGCGCGCUGUGAGGGCAGUGCCCACGGGGUGCUUCCACCGUGUAAUGACGUGUGUGGCUUCAAUGUCUCUCUCGAGCGUCCUAUUAAUGGCUAACCUGUUACACUUGGCUGGUUGAGGUGGGGACUUCUGUUUUUUUCUGUGGGGUUUUUUGUUUGUUUUUAAAGAAAAAGUAUCAAAUUAUAAGUA